GGGGAGGCCAGCGGAAUGGUGGGUGUGCCUCACCAACCCAGUUUCUGUCUCCCUCAGUCUUCCAGGGGCGGACAAAGAGCCCACUCCAAGUCCGAGGAGAAGCCAGUGCUGCAGCCUGUGUGGCAGCAGAAGCCAGAAGACCCUCAGGUCUCCAGAGAGCUGAGUACAGAGAUACCUUCUUCAGAUUCUUCAGAGCAGAAGCUCGGCCUGCAACAGGAAGCCACUGUCACAUUCCUGUUUACACUCCUGAGCACGGCAGAGCCCACCGCAGACCCUGAGGAGGACUUGGAGAUCCAGGAGUGCCACUUCCUGGAUAAGGAAGAUUGGGGCCCCCAGCAGACCUCGAAGGAAAUGAGCCAUUUGCAUAAUAUCUGCAUGAGGCUCCGGGAGUCGCUGAGCUCUAUCCAAGCAGACAACCUGGCUCUGGGGGAGAAGCUGCAAGACCUGCCCAACUCCUUGUAUAUGAGCCUAAAGGAGAAAGCGAAGUGCAUCCUGGAGCGAGAGAGCGCCGUGGAGGAGGGAGCCCAGGGCGGCCAGGAGGGGGCGCUGUGCCAGCCACCCGGCUCCCAGAAGGCCGAACUCGUCACCCUGCAGCCUGACACUCCCCGAGAUCACGGAGACCGAUGUCCGCCCUAGCCGGGACACCCCCCGGGAAGCCGUUCAGGCCGCUCCUCUCCCCCUCCCGCAGUAAACUUCUCCGCAGCUGGGUCGCGGCUCCCCGCCUGUCUGUGGGCCCUGGGAACCGGGAGGCGCAGGCACCAAGCAUGGUCCCUAGGCCAUCCUGUCGCAUCCCCCUCCCACAUCCGUUGGCUGGCCCCGGCUGCCCCGAGGAGGGUCCAGGCUGGUUGGUAUCAGUCUCAAAAUCAGCGUCCCGGUGAUAAGGGCUGGGGUGGGACUGGGAGGGGGCCGCACCCACGGCUGGGAGCUGGAGAGGACGGAAGCACCAGGUCUAACUCCAAAGGGCAGAAGACUAGGGAGGGGUGGGAAGACAAGUCUCUUCCUCUUUGUCAGCCACGGGGGAGGGGGUAGUGAGACCCCCCCUCCCCAAGGGCCCAACACCCAAACAAUUUCAGGCCUGGAGAUGCUUCUAGAAUUUGAAUUCCUACUCCCACCUCCAGCCAGGGUCUCCCAGGGCCUCCCUGGAGACCUGCACCCCUCCACCAAUGGGGUGAUCCCUGUUCUGGGCCACAGAUCCAACGCCCCACCCAUCCAUAGGCCUGCAUAUCCAGCUGUGGCCACUGUGCCCUGGUCACCAUCAGGCCUUCAGGGCUUGUGCCCAUCAGCCUUGCUGCCCUCAGACUCUGACCAGCUCUGGGGAGCCUUUCUAGGCAUCCCCUGACUCCUGAUAAAACGAGAAAGAGACACAGAGACACGCAGAGAAUGUAUAGAUAGAAUAUUAAAACAAACUUAGAAAUUAUUCCCAUACAACUAGACAAGGAGCCUGCUUUAGAUUUUGUUUUUUUAACUUCCUAUUGAGGGAGCUGACAGCCAGCAAUGACAAAGCCAGUUUAAAGGUGGAGGAGUUCCUGUCGUGGCUCAGUGCUUGGCGAAUCCAACUAGGAACCAUGAGGUUGC